AUGGAGAGACCACAGAAUCGACAAAGCGAAAGUUCAAAUGAAGCUGCAAACUCACCAUCGAAUCGACUGUAUUUUAGACCAGACAACGAUCAGCUUUACUGGGCGAAGAUUUUCGGCGGAGCUGCGCCUAGCCACUCAAACAGUGGGCGAAAGAAGAGUAUGAAGCGCGCAGAUGAAUUAUCCCGCUCGGAGAAAAGGAAAGAUUCGCUCACUUCUAAUGACGUCGAUGCGCAUACCAAGUGGCUUCUCUUACAAAAUAUCCAGAAUCAAGGUGGAUUCAUCGAAAAAAGUGCUCAGCAGAAUCCACACAGCAGCAAGACAUGA